AAACGUCAAAGUGCCGAAAGAAAAAUCACCGACCGCAUCAGCAGCCUCGCACCGUUUUUAGUCAGUCCCGUCUCGUCAGCGCAAAGCCAGAGUUUAGUAGCAGCUUAGUCAGCCAGUUUAAGCGGAGGAGAGAGAUAGAGGGUGUGCGGUUCCAUCUCACGCGUGUGUGUCUGUGUGUGAAAAUUAAUUUAGAGGAAAAAAAGAGGAAAGUUUAGUGCCGCCUUUAUUUGGAAUUAAAUCAGCAAGAGCGGGGGGAAAGCUGCUGCCAACAAGGAGGUGAAAGAAGUUUCGCGAUUUUCCGAGGGUUUCUUUCAAAGGGUGGUGGCUCCACAGAUUCCGAUUAUCGCGCUGCCAAAGUCCGUGAACCGUGAAACCGGGGAAGAACGUCAAGAGAAAGGAGUGAAAGAUAUCGCGUUUUUUUUUUUGCUGCUACUUAUUUCGUUCAGCUCGCCGAAAUUCGAGAGGAGCUGAGCUGAGUUGAGUGGGGGAAAAGGAACCAGCAGGAAUAAAAAGAAGCCGAAAGUUCAAGAGAAGGAGGAAAAGGAAUCCACAGAACCAGAACCACCAGCAGCAGCAACCCGAAGAGCAGCCGUCAAAAUGGUCAUCAAAGUUUACAUCAGCGGAAUGUCCGGAAGUAAGGAGGUGAAAAAGCGCCAGCAGCGGGUCUCGAUGAUCCUCGACAGCAAACACAUCCCGUACACCAUCAUCGACAUCACGGAGCCGGGCCAGGAGGGCGAGAAGGACUUUAUGCAGAAGAACUCGGAGCACAACGGCAGCACGAUCAGCGAUCCGACCCCGCGGCAUCCGCUGCCCCCGCAGCUGUUCAACGACGCCGACUACUGCGGCGACUACGACGACUUUGAUCUGGCCAACGAGAUCGACAACCUGGAAGUGUUCCUGAAGCUGGAGGCACCCAAACCGGCCGUCAGCGACGAGGUGAGCCCAGCGGAUGAGCAGCAGAAAAAUGGCCAGAACGAGCCGGAAGACGGCGGUGACCAGGUGACGGCGACGGAGGAGGACGAUGACGAGAACAAAGAAAACAAGACUGAAGAGGGAGCGAAUGAGACUACUGUCGACGAAACAAUCGUGGAAGCAACAGUUGAUGAAGAGAAGGUUGAACAAUCGGUUGCGUCGUCAGUCGAUGCUGGUCAGCAAGAUCGGACGGAAGAUGUCGCUAUGGAAGACGAAACCGAUCAGAAUCCGACGGUGCCAGCAGAGCUGGAAGGUCAAGCAGUGGAUCAAGCCAGUUGCGAUCCAAAUCCGGAUGGGGACAUUGCUGAUGAAGUUCCUCCCAAAGAUACUGUUGAAGAGGUAGAAUUGAACGGGCCAGACAGUGAAGACUCACAACAGAAACUCGAGCAAACUGCUGAAAUAGCUGAAGAACCUCUGGAAAAGAUCGAUGAAGAUCAAGAUGAAAGUUCCCAGCAAAAACGUGAGGAACCUCUUGAAAAAGACGAAGAAUCUGUGGAAAAGAUCGAGGAAGAUCACCAUGAUGAGGACAGCGAAGAAGUUGUCUCCGCAGAGCGAACUGACGAAGAUGAGGCAGAAAAAUUGGAAGGAGCGAAAGAUCCGCCUGAAGAAUCUAGCCCACAGGAAGAUAUUGUAGACCACGAGAUAGAAGAGGCUAGUGAGGACUCGGAAAGUGGUGACGAUGACGACGAGGAGAUCAACUCGAUCAAGGAAGUCCUCAAAGAUGAUGCCGAUCAGGUCGUGGUUGACGAAGAGGAUGGACUGGUAGAGGAGAUGCUGGAACGGGGUCCGGGAUCGGAAGAUGCGGUUGAGGAGAAGGCAAAUUUUAGUACCACCGAUGCUGACGAGGAAAGCGAAGAUGCCGAACAGCGCGAACUUCUAGAAGCGGCCGCGGCCAUGGGCAAACGGGAAGACGAGACCGAAGAAACGGCCGUUGGUGGUGCCCAGGCGGAGGAGGAGGAGGACGUGGAAAUUGCCGAACAGGAGGACGACGUUUCCGGCAAACUGGUGGACACGGAUGACCCCAUGCUGGCCGAACAGGAGCAGGAGGAGUAAAUCUGGUUGUGCCACAAUCGACGAAUCGAACCAAUCCCUCCUUCAUCGUUCAUUAGACAAAAUCCUAACCUUACUCAACCUAACCUCAAAGAAUUUAAACCAAAAAGAAAAACUUCGCGCGUCUUUUGAAUAUAAUUUUGUCUCAGAAAUCUAUCAAACUGUAUACUAAUCACGUGGUCCUUACAUCCAUCUAGUUUUGUACUUUUCAAAGAGUUAAGAAUUGCAUCAUUUUAGGGUACGUCUAAGUUAAUCACAAGAAAUAAAAUUUAAAAAAACAAGCAUUAUUAAGACCCUCUGGCUGGCGACACGAAAGAGACGACUCAAAACAACUUAAGGAAAUAUUUGGCUGAAUUGUGCAACAAGAGAGCACACAAACACACGUUUUAGGUUAAGAAAAACUCCUCGGCUCUGAAGAGAAACAAAUAAAAGUGCUAUUUGCUCGUUGGUGCGAAGGAGGAAUUAGUUAUUGCCUGAAGUCUAGAAGAGAGAAAGGGAUAAGAAUUCAUCGCCACGCGUACCUUGGAUAGGAAAGUUAAUACUUUUAUUUUCUGUUGGAAGCCAGGUUUAAAUGCACUCCUUAAUUAAUGCAAAAAUGUUGUAACGAAUCAAUAAAGAUCGAGAUUUGAAGAGG